CUCUAUUAAAUCCUAUUAAAAUGGCACCAACCGACCAACCUACCAGAAAACCCGUCAGAGUUUGGGUCGACGGAUGUUUUGACAUGAUGCAUUAUGGACAUGCAAAUGCUCUCAGACAAGCCAAAGCUAUGGGCGACUUUUUGAUUGUCGGUGUUCACUCUGAUGCAGAGAUCGAAAAAAACAAAGGUCCAACUGUCAUGAAAGAGGCUGAACGUUAUGCUGCUGUAGCUGCUUGCAAGUGGGUGGAUCUCGUAGUUCCCAACGCUCCUUACAACACAACCGUCGAGAUCCUGAGAGAGCACAAUGUUGAUUUCUGUGUUCACGGCGACGACAUCACAACCAUGGCAGAUGGCACUGACUGCUAUCAGGCUGUGAAGGAUGCCGGGCUUUACAGAGAAUGCAAGCGUACCGAGGGUGUCUCGACCACCGAAAUGGUCGGCCGCAUGUUGCUCAUGACCCGUAACCAUCACAACCGUCCAGCCGAGACUGGAGAUUCAUCCAUCUCGGGUUUCAAGUCCGAGAAACUGGGCCCGUUCAGUGACUCUGGCAACCACGUCCACACCACCAUCUCGCACUUCCUGCCCACAUCAAAGCGCAUCGUCCAGUUCUCGGAGGGCCGUGAGCCUAAAGAGACUGACAGGGUUGUCUAUGUGGAUGGUACAUUUGAUCUUUUCCAUGUUGGGCACGUUGAGUUCCUGAAGAGAGCAAAGAAACUAGGCGAUUUCUUGAUUGUUGGUGUACACGAUGAUCAGACUGUUAAUGCUAUCAAGGGCGUCAAUUACCCUCUGAUGAAUCUUCAUGAGCGUGCACUUAGUGUUUUGGCAUGUCGUGGAGUGGAUGAAGUUAUCAUAGGAGCACCCUAUAGUGUGACCAAGGAUGUGCUGGGUUCAGAAUAUAAUGUAAAGGUUGUUGCUCACGGAAACACGCCUACUGAGCGUGAUUUGGAUGGCAGUGAUCCUUACAAGGCAAAGCGCGGAAUCUAUGUUGAGAUCAACAACCCCAACUCUACUUUAACUACUCACGGUAUUAUCGAACGUAUUAUCGAAAACAGAUUAAUGUAA